UGGGUAAUGAAAAAUAAACGCUUGCAAUGAUAGAGAGUUCUUUUUCAGUUGACACCUUGGACAAUUAUUCACGUCUCUAUCACUGCAAGGUUACUGCCGUUCUCGCAUCGAAGUACAGACAAGAUUACCUCUCAAGAUGGCGCAGGGAACUGUGAAGGGAGCUAUUUAUAUAAAAGCCUCGGGGUUUUUUCUCUUGUGAUAGACUGUCAAGACAAAAGAGAAGCCUCAGUUUCGCAUUAACAACUCCUCUCCAUGACAGGUGGAACGAUAUUUUCAUAAACACAAGGUGAAUAAUUGUAUUUUGUCGGUUGUGUCAAAGCGUGGUUCGUUUGACUUGAUCAUUUGAACCAGUACGUUCGUUCCUUCGACGACUUACACCAUCUUCAAGUGACUUGAUGUCGAACUUCACGAUGGAGUUCACAGGAAACCAAUCAAGAAACAAAAGUGAGAUUCAAGAUUCACCAAAGAGCACCGGAAGUAUAGAGGUCGGGGUCAUUAUCAUGGGUAUGUCCUGUGUCUGCGUCGUGGCCUGCGCCCUAAUUAUUCUACAAGUCAGGUCAUUGAACAGGCAACGUCAGCGCAGGCGCAGACAGCGUUCUUCUACAGUCAGUAUAAUGAUGGAUGGAGAGGACCCUUACCAGUCCUUUGCGCCUCCAACAUAUGAAGCCGUUAUUCGCAGCCCGCAUUUGUAUCCACCGUCCCCACGAUCAUCUGUGGCAUCGGUAAUCUCCAUUUCAAGCAUGCGCAGAGGAUCUUCUACUAGCAAUCUCUCUAAAGUAAGCGCCAUGAUCAAUUCGUACUCACAAGGGAGAGAUUCUUCUACCUUUUCUUCUGCCACACAAGACCAAUCCACCUCUUGUAUCACGAUAGAGGACCUCGAGGACCCUCCUCCGCCAUACCCAGGAAUCAUUGCGAGCACUUAUGCAGACCUUGACAUCCAUAUUCAUAGCAGGACAAAUGCUGCAUGUAACCAAAGAGACAGUUGUCAUAGUAACUCAGAAGAAAGAAAUGAAAUUAGGAAUACUACCAACGUCGACGAGACUACUGAAAGCCAGAUUAACAGCGAUAAUCUUCAAACUUUAAUCAACUCUAAUAAUAUCCCCGCGAACUCUUCGCGGAACAGAAGCAGUAGUCAUGGCAACGACAUACAAUUAUCAAACAAUAGUUACCAUAGAAACAGUGUACACAACAUGGGUGGUAACCAUAGCAACAGUGUUGAUAAAAGUAGGGGUCAGAGUGGUAGUAGAGGUUCAUUGUCUGGACAAAACAGCAGUAGUUGUGGACGAGCGAGGAGCGUGUCUGUUGUUUGUAGCUCGAACUUCCUUAUGCCUUCACAAGCAUGGGAACACUACCCCAGAGAACUGUCUUUUGUUAACUGUCAAUCAACUUCACAAACCUUUGGUAACAAUCCCUCUCACAAUUCUUAGGCUUGUUCCAGUCUCUCACACAAUUAUUUCUACAGUUGCUUAGAUAAUAUUCGAGGAUCAAAUCUAUUUUUUUAGAGUGGUGCCAGUCCCUCUCAUGAUUGUUUCAUGCCAGUGUAUAUCAAGUCAAUAACAGAUCUAGUUCGUUGUGAUAGCUGAUUCAUUAGGCACCAGGUCCUUGCGGUCUCAUAGCUAUGCAUUUCUCGUACCCAGGGCCCGUCUGGAUACCAGCUUUUAGCUGAAUGGGCCACCCUGUUUAAAUAAAGGUUCCAUAACCAUAGGAUUAAAGAAAAGAACAGAACAACAGAGAAAUCCAAAAAUUGAAAAGCCAAACAAAAACAAAUUGUUGUAUGUCGUAUAUUUUAUUUUUCGUUCAAAUUGUAUACACAUAUAUUUUCGACACUCUUAGCUAUCACGUGAGUACUCAACUCCUAUAAACGACAUUAUGAACUUGGUCUAUACUACACUCAUGAGAUGACAUUAACGUUUUCAUGUUGUUAAACAAAUGAAAAACCUACAUUCACCUCUUUACUUAUGGGUGUAUGCUUUCACAUCUUUGACCACGUGUCAUUCUCUUCAGAAUAUCAAUACUUCAUUUAAAUGGCAUCCAUAUUCAUGUGUCUUCUCUUGCUCAACCAUUAACCAAAGAAAUAAUCCUCAAUGGAAUGACACGUGGUGUGAAAUGCAGAACACCACGCGUUUGGAAAUUUUUGAUCACACAGGUCCGGUAGCAGCCAUGUUGAAAAACAACAGGCAACCCAACCCUGAUAUCUGGAAUACACUCGGCCCUAUAAAUACUAAAAUGCUGUAAAAAAUGAGUUGAUUCUAAAAAAUGGACGUCGUCCCCAGGCCCGCUCUUUUGGCCUCUUCCAAGAAACAAAGCACUCUUGAUAAAUCCAACUGGUAGAAAACCAUCCCAAAUACUUGAGCCGUAGUCACAAAUAGACGAUUUUUUGUAAGUUGCUUUCAUUCUUGGUAGAGACUAAAAAGACUGCAGGCUCAGAAAACAAAAUGGCCGCCACAACCACAUUGUGGCUGACGGCGCAUGCGCAUUAAGAAAUUUUUAUGAAAACUCUUAAGACUCUUAGUAAGUAAAAUACGUUAAUGUAACAUUAAAAAAAUACUCUCUCUCUCCA